GGACCAGUCAUCGGCACGUGGUACAAAGUCCUGGACCGCCUGGUGGUUGGAGGAACUAAAAGUGCUGCCAUGAAGAAAAUGCUGGCUGACCAGUUGUGUUUUGCCCCGUGUUUCCUCGGAGCGUUUAUCUCGAUCUCUGGUGCUCUGAACGGCCUGACGCUGGAGGACAAUGUCACCAGACUGAAGAGGGACUACCCAGACGCCCUCAUCUCAAAUUACUAUCUUUGGCCCGCAGUCCAGAUUGCCAAUUUCUACUUCAUUCCACUUCACCACAGGAUGGCUGUGGUGCAGAUAGUCGCUGUCGCCUGGAACUCCUAUCUGACCUGGAAGGUGAACAAGAUGUGAACAAGAUGUGAACCACAAGUCCAGCUGUCUACAUGAUGAUGAUGAUGAUGAUGAUGAUGAUGAUGAUAAUACACUCAUUUGUAGUGUGUCUGUGUGUCUGUGUGUGUGACGUGGUCUAACUUAGUUCUGCUGAUAUUUCCAAAGUGUAAAACUGUGACUAACUCAUUAUAAAGGUCGGGAGAAAGUGCUUGUCUACUCUGAAUGACACAUUCACACUUGAAAGUCAAACGUUGCAUAAAUGUCUGUGAAAGUUUGUUAUUUAUGGCAGUGGUGUAGCCACACGUACGCACAAUAACACACACACACACACACACACACACACACAUUCACAGCCUCUGCUUACAAAAUAACAAUUUUCUAACCUCUAAUUCAACAAUCGCUUAAUCAUUUUGUGUUGGGAUGAAGAAGAUUUAUUUGAGUUUACAUACUGUAAAUAUAAUAAAAGUUGCAAUUUUC